AUGUCGAGUGGCAUCAAUUUUGCAUCAGAAAAAGAUCUUUCAACGGCAUAUUUGCGCUCUUUCUCAGAGAAUAAGCGUGGCCAUCACUUGGAGGAGGAGUCAAAUCAAACAAAACGCUUGCCAGCCAACAUUAGACUAGAUGACCAAAUGUAUCAGCUUUUUCUUGGGCUACCACUUGAUACGCGCCAACUUUUGUCUGCAUCUGCUGGUGUAUUCGCCACCCUCACGAUGAUUCGCUUUGUCCUAUCUGAUUGGAUGCCUGUCUGGCUUUUUCAGCUUGAUUCCACUAGGAAGGCAUGUAAGCGCUGCAGGAUAUAA